UUCAAUGCUAAAUAUGAUAGACACAAUAGAUAAAGAAGACUCUAUGCUUCCGUCUAUUUAUGGCUUAGAUGAACACGUAAACUUUGAGAUAGAUUCAAACGACAAUGACAUGAACGGUGAUUCGAAUGCAAAUGCGAGCGACUCCCAAAAUGAAAUUGUUUUAGAAAUAAUAGAUAUUAACGAGGAUGGACAAGAAACAAUUCUAAAUAAAGAAAGUGUGACACUACCAGAAGAUGAGACACAAACCCAACAUGUAAACGAAACCAUAAUGGCCGAAGAAAAUAAUAAUAUUUUAGAAAAUGUUGAUACAAAUACCCCUACCAGAAAACGCAAACGAAAUCCAAAUGGGUGGAAGCAAAAUAUACGGAAAGAAAACCGUCAACAUGGUAAAGAAUAUAUUAAUACAAAGGGCAAGUUAGUUGCUCAUAAAUCGGUAAAAACAACUGGAUGCAAAACAGAAAAAUGUAGUUUUAAAUGUGAAGAGAAAAUUACAGUUAUCGACAGAGAAAAUAUAAACAGAAAAUUCUGGAGCCUUGGCGACGAAAUAAAAAAUCAUUUUUAUUCUAAGCAUAUUAGAAGAUACCCAGCAAUACGAAAAAGAACUAAAAAUGAAAAUAGCAGGAAGACUUAUUCUUACGAUUACUUUCUUUAUGUCUCUGGUCUAAAAAUUAAAGUGUGCCAAGAGUUUUUCCUGAAUACUUUAAACAUUAGCAAAAGUCGGGUUUACUACUUUUUUCAAAAAGUCGAAAGUCCCAAGUCCAACGUUCCACGGGCUCCUAUUACAGGAAAACAUCAGAAAAAGGUAGUUCCAGACGAAGAUAAAGAAAAAGUUAGGAAUCACAUCUCAUCGUUUCCUCUAGUAGAAUCGCACUAUUGUCGCCAAAAUUCAUCAAAAAAAUAUUUAGAGCAAAAUCUAAAUAUCCAAAGAAUGUAUGACCUAUAUAAAACGACUGUUGAAAAUCCCGUUAAAUUUCAUUUAUACAAGUCCAUUUUUAAUAAGGAGUAUAACAUAAGUUUUUUUAAGCCAAAAAAGGACUUAUGUGAUAAAUGCGAAGGUUUUAAAGUAAAUAGAAAUGCAAGUACAGAAGAAAAAAUGGAAUAUGAAGAACACCUGAAAAGAAAAAAUAUAGGUAGACAAGAGCGACAGAGAGACAGGGAAGCCUAUAUUGAUGAUGAUACGGUGGGAAUAAUCACUUUUGACCUAGAGAAUACUUUUUCUUUACCUAAAGCAAAUAUUAGUAACUUUUUUUACAAAAUGAAGUUAUGUUGCUACAAUUUAACGGCCCACUUGGAUAAAACUAAAGUUGUUUAUAAUGCAAUAUGGCAUGAGCUUAUUUGCGGUAGAGCUGGUGUUCACAUUGCCAAUGCUAUAAUAAGAAUUUUGAAAAGAGUUAUUGAGGACAAUCCGCAGCUAGAGAAAAUUAUUUUGUGGUCUGAUAGUUGCGUACCACAAAACAGGAAUUCCAUUUUGUCAUUCGCUCUACAGUAUUUCCUUAACUCGCCAGAGUCUGGAAAUUUGAGGAGGAUUGAACAAAAGUUUGGAGAACCAGGACAUGGCAAUGUUCAGGAAGUCGACGCAGCUCACAGCUGCAUUGAGAGAUUUAUUAAGAAUUUGGAAAUAUGGAGUCCUCUAACUCUCGUUCGCAUACUCUUGAAGAUUCCAAAUACAUGGAAGCUGAAAUUUUCUGUUUUACAGAUGAAACCAGCUGACUACAAGAACUAUCAACUGCUUUCUGGGACAUUUAAUUACAAUGAGAUUCCAUACACAAAAUUGAAACAUAUAAUUUAUGACAAGAGAUCAAUAUUUAAUGUUAAAUUCAAAACAUCAUUUGAAGGAGAAUCAUCUGAGGUGAGGUUAGUGCCUCUGAAAAAAUAUAGACAUAACAACCAUGUAGGCAUAGAGUUUCCAACGUCUAUCCCAAAUAUAAACUUGGCUGUAAAAAUAAAUGAUGCGAAAAGAAAACAUUUACUUGAAAUGAUGGAUUAUAUGCCCGAAGAUGAAAGAAUAUUCUAUAAAAAUUUAAUGCCCACGGAGAAAACUGCUGCAAAUAAGCAGAUUAUGGUGAAGAAAACCAAUAAGCCAUCCAAGGUUGGAAAUAAGAAACCGAAGAAAAAAGGAAUUGCAUCUACAAGCAAGAAAUGA